AUGCGCGUGCUGAGCGCGGACCUGCGGGUUACCCUGCAGAUUCUGCCCGGCUUCUUCUCCAACUGUCUCUUCUUCGUGCUCUACGACUCGGUGGUGCUCGUGAAGCGCGUCGUGUCGCUCGUGAGUCUGUCGUGCGGCGGCGGCGGAGGCGCGUGGCAGCAGCGCAUGCUCACCUCGGCCGGCGUGCGCUCCAUCUGGAACAGCUUUCUACUGGACGCCUAUAAGCAGGUGAAAUUGGGCGAGGCAGCGCCGAACUCAAAAGUGGUGAAGGUUCCCGGGAUUUCUGGCUGCCAGUGGAGCAGCAAGGAUGGAAAGACGACGGAUGAGUGUCGCCUACUGGACUUUGAAUCGUCUGAUCGGCCCUUGGUGGUCAACUUCGGCUCAGCCAGCUGACCCCCAUUUAUAAGCCAGAUGCCGGUUUUCCGGAGACUGGUGGAGAACUUCUCGGACGUGGCAGACUUCUUGCUCGUCUACAUCGACGAGGCUCACCCGUCUGAUGGAUGGGCGGGCCCACCCAUGAAACUUUUCCCCUUCGAGGUGAAGAAACACCGCAGCUUGGAGGAGCGCAUGGUGGCGGCGCAGAGGCUCGUUGAGCAUUUCUCUCUGCCACCUCAGUGCCGGCUCGUGGCUGACUGCAUGGACAACAACACCAACGUGGCGUACGGCGUCGCAUACGAAAGGGUGUGUAUCGUACAGAAGAAUAAAAUCACUUAUUUGGGAGGGAAGGGUCCAUUUUAUUACAGCCUUAAAGAUGUACAGAACUGGCUUGAACAGAGCUAUGGGAAGCGGUAAUCUUUUGGUGAAUGGUGGAUUAGUUUAUUUUUUA